AAAUAGACGAGCCAAAAUAAAAAGAUUUGGCAACAAGGAGUACCAAGAUUUCUAGAUUCUCGAAAAUGUUGAUGUAGCUUUUCCUUUUCCUUUCAGUUUUCUUAUCGAAGCAAGCCUUCAUGUAACAGGAUCUUCCCUGCUGCACUCGGUAGCGGUACCAAUACCAACAGAUCCAGAAUGCACAAGAGAUGUAGUUUAUGAUGAUAAAACAUUAACGUAUCUAAAUAAGAGCCAGGCACGCGCAUCCCCAUCCCGGACCUGAAGAUGCUACAGCGGGUACCGAGCAACGGCAACGGACCCCUGCGGCCGUGGCCGGGACGGGGAGCAUGUCGUCGGCUUUCCGCAGUAUCUUGCCUGCAUUUAUUGCUCUUUUACAAUGGUUUGGUACAAGUGCGGGCUCAAACAGAGGAGGAUAUGAAAUUGUUCAAAAAGCACGCAGGAGACCUCGUGCAUCAAUCCGACCCUUACGCAGUCAUGAAAGCAGAAGCGAAAAUACAGGAGAAACUUCAGAAAAAUAGUGUCAGCUCCCACGAAGGCGAGAUGCCGAGAUGGGGCGAAAAUGGUGCCAAUGAUUCAUGUCCUCUCGUUCUCAACCUUAGAAGAAUCGUAUUGGUGAUGCGGAUUCACUGUCGUGCGGCUACAACCUUGAUAUGCCUUGCAGCUUCUCAUGGCAACGGACUUUAUUCGACAGAAGUAUUUCAUUGAGUAAACGCCAAUAAUUAUACUACAGGAUACUGGACCAAGCUGGAAGGAAUCACAGUGACCGGCGGUGACCUGCGUCCGAGAUUCAGGCGGACGCGGUUCGACUAUGAUGUCCUGAUCCGCAGCGCGCGAGAUCGCGUAGCGUAUAUCCUUCCCGAACUGCAAUUCCACAAAUUCCCUCCUCGGUAUCCUCCGCAAAUAAAGCUAGACGGCUUGGAGCACAAGUACAGUCCGUUAGAGCCCAUUCAGGUUCCACUGUACCUAAAUGUGACCAACGGUCCAACGGACCAGACAGUUGUGGUGUCUGUAGGCGAUCCAAAAAACCCAACGAAUGUGCAUGAUUACUACCUCAGGAUCCUUCAGGGACCGUCGCCCGAUCUGGUAUUAGGGUAGUUGUGAUUUAGUUUUUUGCUUUUGUUGUUGUUUGUGAAGCUUGUAAGUUCCAUAGGCCAAGCAACUAAGGAAUAGAUAAUAGCGUCGUAGCGCUUCGCAGCUGCGUUUUUGCGCGACGGCAGUCACAGCAAAUACAAUCACAACUUUCACAGCUCCGGAUGUCGUCGCUGAAGGUGUACAACUCCUAUGGCGUGGAGAUCGAGGAGGCAUCUGAGACCAAGCGCCUGUCGAACAAGUUUGUAUAUGUCUUGCAGGAGGAGCACGAAUAUGCCGAUGUGUAUCUCGAAUGCGACAAGGAUACACCUUACAUUCGGUACGAUGGUGUUCAGUACUGGCCGGGCAACCCUUACCGGCAAUUUAUGCGCAACCCGCAGGAGCAUGUCUUAGCGUCUUGCUGCUACAAAGACCAGGAGUGGACCCACGGGGACGAGAUGUCGCGCACGUACAUGAUCAAAAUCCUAAAGCCGCAGGAAAUGAAUCUGGACACGGUCGAGUUCGACCUACAAAUUCCGCCUGCUUUAGGUCACUGCGAGCGUGCCAAAGAGGGUUCUUUCUCGCACCCAUUACCGACGACGGGAUGGGAUUGCCGGGCAUAUAGGACACACUCGACGCUGAUUAAGGCACAGUAUGAAGAUGAGCACCAGUUAUUAGGUAGGCGUUCUAGGCCUCGUAGCCGUAGGUCUCUAGCAACGGUUCUAUGAUUUUCAAGCAACAUCACGUCCUGCGUUUUCUCAACAAGGAUGUUAACGCUGUCGCCUUAUCGCUAUUAAAAAGUACUCUAAGACGAUUGCGGCUUGGAAUUCUACAGUUGAAAUCAACAUGCACGACGAGCAAGGACGCAAAUUCAAUUAAGGCCAUCCACUUUAUGCAAAAGAAAUAUCGUCCUACCUACCCGCCUUACGGUUACGCAAUGGAACUCAUCGCUAGUAUGAUAAUUGAGGAUCUUCAUUCUGCCACCAUUUUCCUUUUCGUUCUGCUCGACAGAUGUAACACAGUCGCUUUUAUUCUCUGGAGAUGUAGCACAACUAAGCUGAGAAUGAUUUAGAAGCACGAACAAUAAUAUGCGAGUCCCAUUUCAUUGUCUCUUUAAUGUAAGCUGCUGAAUGGAAUGCCGACUGUGAUGCCACGUUUGGACAAUGGAGCCCAUCACUUCGUGAUCACAAUCAAGGGAUUUAUGGGCCGGGUUCGAGAGAUGCCACUUACCCUCAAAACGAACACAGCGAGCUCACACGGCUCGUGGCGUGGAUCCGAGUUGAAGUUAAGCUUGAGUCCUCACUGCUUGAUGAUAUUCAUGCAUGUACUUCGUAGGAGUUGCAUGCAUUUGAAAAGGUGGAUAUCAAAUCAGCUCCAUAGAUUUUUUUGUCAGCUGCAACGAACUCUGAAACAAGUAUCUCCGUUUUCAGCAUGUAGUCAGCCUGGCAUCUAAUCAACCAGGUCGAUAUGAGCAAGCUUGUUACCGUCAAUCCGAUUAUGGGGGAAGGCCAUUGCGUGCACGCGGUCGAGGAUAAAAGCAAGAUGUACUGCACGACGCAUUUACGGAAAGUGCAUCUUAUGGUAGUAACCUGUUAGAUGAUUGCCAUUGGAAACCCUUGUGCUGUAGUUCAGGAUCUCUUUAGACGACUGGGACGAUGAUUUCAUGGGUUUUUGUACGAGAAGCUUCGUCCACCUGAGUACUUCUCGCACUCGUACUUCACUACAGGUCGUGUACGGCGAGCCUGACGGCAUUACGGCAGAGCUCCGUCGUCCGACGCAGGAGAAAGUGUGCGACGUAGAGCUCGGGUUGCCGACUAAGGCGUUGUCGGUCCAGUCCACAAAGAAAGGAACGCACCUGAUUCUAAACGUUUUCAAAAAGAGUAAGCCUUUUCAUCAAUAUGAGGUGAUAUUGCACACGACAUUGGCGCCAGGACAAACAGACCAACCGACAGUACACGACCGCGAUUACUUCUUAUGACUCAUAUUUUUGGUCAGUCUACUUACUCUCUCCAAUUAGGAGUGGAUAGUAUCUUCAGUAAUCAAAUAGGUUUUUUCUUUUCUACCAGUCAUGAUCAUGAAGCUGAAUAUUACUAUGAUGAGCUAGAGCACUGUGAUGCUCUUGUGUAGAAGCCUCUGAAACUUAGCUGAAGCCCAAGCAAGAGCAACAUCAAAGCUCUUCGCCACCAACCUAGAAUGAACAUUUCCAUUCUUUCAUGCUAUCUGCCGAGCGAGAAGCAGCACCGCAUUCGCACGACACCCUCCGAGAAGGACGAAAAUAGAUUAGCUGCGAUUCAGGCAAGCUCUGUGAUGAGUCGGAUCCGCUUACUGCAGGAGGAAGUGUCAAGGCAGAUCGUAGUCGGUGAGACCUCUGAGGCUUACGGUGUGGAGGGAAGCAGAAGACAUGAAGAAGGUGAAGGAGAAAAGCGGAACAUGAGCCACUCGCUAUGGAAACACACUUCUGCACUCUACGACUCUGUUGCGGCAACGAUAAGCGGGGCUUUCAAAAGAGACAAUGACGAGAAUACAGCAGAGCCACACGCCGCAGAUCAUGAAGUAGAAUUUUCGCACGGGAGAGAUGAGGCCGCGAGCAUGUUGUCAUCGGACGUGAAGAGCAGAGACGAAGCGCCUCGCGAUCCUGACGACAACGUAGAUGACGUUGUCCAGGGACUGCUGUAUCAGUAAAUAGCUUGCGGUGAUCAUGACUUGACAAUAUAAAUAACUACAGGCUCUUGUGAGUCGCAAAUGAUUAUAUGGGCAAGUAAUGCAAAUACUCUCUAUGCAAACCACUUACAUCACUGUAGAUACUUAGUAAUUUUACACAAGCCCUUUUCGUCCGCGGUCGAUGAUGUCAUCUUCAUGCAUUAAUGAUUUUCGAU